AUGCGGCUGAUUGAGGUCGUGGCACCUAGUUCUGAGAAGGUGUCCGACGAAAACCUGACAGAUGCAGAUUUUGCUGACUCGGCACUGCAUGCCGCUCAAGGUACGGUUGGUAUACAAUUGAGCUCGGACGACCUGACCCGCCAUACGAUAGUGCAAGAGUCUACAAAUUCAGAUAGCUUGACACCAGUCGACAUGCAGGCAUUCUCAUCCAGUCCAGCUGCACCCCGCCGCAACAGCAACAAUGCCAGCAACGUACUGAGCAAUUACCCUGGUUUUGAGCAGGGGUACCCUGGCUCACUGAAUGAUUCGUGGUUGUCACAUGGUGCUAUGACCGCCCCUGUUUGCCAGCCUGUGAGCGAUUUGGAGGCGGUACAAAAGACAAUUUGUUUGGCGACCGAAAUGAAUUGUGAUCCAGUGGUGAUGUUGGAGCUCAAUCGAUUUAAAACGGAGGUGGCCAAUCGUGAUCCAAGCACGUCAACUUCUGCAAAGCUGACUACGCCAACCACUCGCAAUGCUGCCGUCUGUCAAUUUCACUUCGGAGCUCCAACUCGGCGACUACUAUAA